AGUCCUACACUUUCCCAAUUUCAACACCUCUGUGAACUCAAACUCCUCUCUUCUUCCCAUCUACAUCCCAAACAAAAGAAGAAAGAAAACAUGGUCGAUUCACUCAUCUCAAUCGCAGUGGAGAAGUUCAACACCAUCCUCCAAGAUGAGGUGGCUUUGUUGGUGGGUGUCAAGAACGAGAUCGAAAAGCUUUUCGAAACGUUCACCUCAAUCCAAGCUGUGCUUGAGGAUGCUGAAUCUCGGCGAGUGAAGGACAGAGCUGUGAAAAUCUGGUUGGAGAAGCUCAAAGAAGUGGCCUACGAUGUGGACGACAUACUAGAUGAGUGGAUGACGGAAAAUCUAAGAUCACAAGCAGCUGAGGAAGGUGAUGGCUCCUGUUUCAGCUUCAUUGUUAUUUGUUUCCUUUCCCCUCUUACUUGCUUUAAUCAUGUCAUGUUCCGCCAUAGAAUUGGAAGUAGGAUAAAGGAGGCAAGGGGUAGAUUAGAUGAUAUUUCCAAAGAGACGAGACAAUUGGGCCUUAGUGUAGCUAGUGGAGAGAGGGAGAGAGUGGAUAGUGAAGUGAAGAAGGACGAAAUUAGAAAGCGAGAAACAAGCUCCCUAGUUGACAGAUCGUCGAUUGUCGGUAGAGAAGACGAUAAAAAUGAAGUCAUAGACUUGCUGCUGAGGGAGAGUAGUCAGGAGGUAACUGAGGUGCCCUUCGUCAUUUCUAUCGUUGGAAUGGGGGGUUUGGGCAAGACAUCCCUUGCUAAGCUCGUCUACAACGAUGAGAAACUCAAGGGGCAUUUCGACAUUAAAAUGUGGGUCUGUGUUUCGGAAGAUUUUGAUGUGAAACGGAUUACGAAAUUAAUGAUAGAAUCUGCGACAGAGUCUGCUUGUAAUCUUGAAAGCUUGGACCUGUUGCAAAGCCGCCUUCGUGAAUUCUUGCAUUCAAAGCGAUUCUUGCUUGUGCUUGAUGACAUUUGGAGUGAGGAUCGUAGGAUGUGGGACGAACUGAGACUUCCGUUCCAAGCUGGUGCAUUGGGGAGUCGAAUCGUCAUAACCGCUCGUAGUGAAAAGGUUGCAAUGGCGAUGGGAAACAUCCACAUGCACAAAUUGGAGGCCUUAUCUGAUGAGGAUUGUUGGUUAAUGUUCAGCCGCAGUGCAUUUGGUGAUCAGAGUGCAGAAGAGCGUUUGGAGUUGAAAGAGAUCGGACGGGGAAUCGUAAAGAAAUGUGGAGGCAUACCACUCGCAGCAAAGACAAUAGGGAGUGCCAUGCAGUUGAGAAGGACGAGAAGGCAGUGGGAGCUCGUCUUGGAAAGUGAAACAUGGAAUUUAGUGGAUGUCAUGGAAGGAAUUUUACCAGCUUUGUUACUCAGCUACUACGACUUGCCUCCUGCUCUGAAGCAGUGCUUCGCGUAUUGCUCUAUUUUCCCCAAAGAUUGGGAGCUAGAAAAGGCUACGAUAGUUAAGUUAUGGAUCGCACAAGGCUUCAUCGGCUCCGACACAAGCGAAGAUAUGGAGGAAAUUGGUGGGCUGUAUUUUGAUGAUCUAUUAAGACGAUCGUUACUCCAAGAUGCAGAAAUGGGUAGUAAUGGCAGCAUAUUCAGCUGCAAGAUGCAUGAUUUAGUUCAUGACCUCGCACAAUCUGUUGCAGGAAAUGACUGUUUGAUUGUGGGGAUGACACAGCAGGCCAAUCUGAACCUAAACAAGGUCCACCAUUCUUUCAUCUUCAGUUCAUCUAUGUUUGAAGUAACUUCAAGUUCAUCCACCUUUCAUAAGGCCGACAAGUUGCGAACAUUGCUAGUCUCCCAUGGAUCAAGAGUUUUUCCUCCUAAAUUGGAAAUGUCGCUAAUGAAACAAGUAAGAAUCUCAAUUUGUCUCCACAAAUUAUUUCAUCAUUUGCAAUGCCUUAGGGCGUUAGACAUGACCGGAGCCAAGAUUGUGAAAUUGCCUCGAACAGUAGGACAGUUGAAGCAUUUGAGAUAUCUCGAUUUGUCUUACUCAAAUAUCGAAGAGAUCUCUGCUGGGUUAAUUAAUUGCGUAAAUUUACAGACCUUGAUACUCAAUGCCUGUGAAUGGCUAAGAAAACUGCCUAGAGAAAUGAGAAAAAUGAUUAGCCUCAGACAUCUAGAACUUGAGAGGAUCAACAAUCUAAGCUACUUACCCAAAGGGAUAGGGAGACUAAGUACUCUUCAAACAUUAACAAAAUUCAUUGUGGGUGGCAACCAUGGUGUGGAUGGAUGUGAUUUAGGAGAAUUGAAACACCUUAACCUCCUUCAGGGAAGCCUUGAUAUAACCCAAUUGCAAAAUGUGUCAAGCCAGGAGGAAGCUAGGGAAGCAGAAUUGUAUAAGAAAAGGCACCUUCAUACUCUCUCCUUAUACUUCAACUACCCCACAUACGGAGAGGAAGUGGGAGAUGAAGAGAAGAGGAGAACAGAGGGAGUGCUCGAAGGACUCCGGCCUCAUACAAACUUGAAAGAGUUGAAGAUAUGGAGUUACAGAGGUUCCAAGUUUCCUGAGUGGAUGGGGGAUCCCUCUUCUAAUCUAAUCAGGAUUCUACUGUAUGAUUGCAGUGAGUGCGAACAGCUACCGGCUCUGUGGAAUCUACCUAUGCUCCAAGAUUUAGGAAUGUUUGGGUGUCCGCUCUUGGCAGAGAAGUACAAAGAGGGAGGAGAAGACAGGCCCAGGAUUGCCCAUAUCCCUUCUGUCCGCAUUUUUUAACUGACUGAUGUGGGACCAGAUUAGGUGGUGUGAUGAUGUGUUGAUGAUGUGGGGACCACCUUGAUGUAUUUGUUUUAUGUCCAUGCAUCCAUCCAUUUUUCUAGCUCAUUUUAGGACAUGAGCGAAAAAAUUAAGCAGAUCCAAAGCUCAAGUGGACUAGACUUCAAGAAACAGUGGGGAUAAUGACACCCAAUGUUAAAACAUUCCUAGGGCUUACUGUAAUGUUUAUUUUCUAUCCAUGCCAACAUGUUGAAAAGGUCACCCAAUCCUGGAUUUUGGAAAAAUACAAACAUUAUCUUGAUCCUAACUUUUGUGGGCCCCAAGAAGUUUUUAAUGGUGGGUGCUCAAUCACCACUGUUUCCUAUGGUGUGGUCCACUUGAGCUUCAGAUCUGAUUCAUUUUUUGGUUCAUGCCUGAAUGAUCUGGCAAAACAGAUGAAUGGCUUGGAUACAAAACAAAAACAUCAGGUGGGCCUGACAGUGCCCAACACAUCACUGUGCCACUGCUGGAGGUGGCGAUCGACACCACCUAAUCCGCAUCCAGUGUCGUGAGCAUCGGGUGGCGCUCCAUGAAUUUGUUUUGGUGGGGGCAUUUAAUGGCACCACAUGAAUCUCUUUCUUCAUUUUCUCUUAAUUAUUGAGCUGUGUGCUUGUGUAUUUGGUUUUUUAUUUUCUUUCUUUUUCUUUUUUUUUUAUGAAUUAGCUGUCAUGUUUUUAUUUUCAUUUUCAUGUGUAAUGGAUGUAAUAAUAUAUCAAUCAAUGAAGACUUGUUCCUAGUUUUCUGAUAUCAUGUCAUUCAUGAGAGAUCAUAUCAUGGAAACUGUAUUGUGUUCUGUUUCAUUAAGUACGAGAAAAAUACAUAAA